AUGGAUUACCGAAGGUUCAACAUCUACCUGAAGGAAGCUGGAGGCCUCAACUGCUCAAAACUAUUCUUCAAGAGAUCCGUAUAUGCUGUGGUCUCUAUCAUUGGUAGUAGUAGUUCACCUUCAAAGCAACAAACUUGUGUAGGAAAAUACAAUGGCACUAACCCCACAUGGGGACUUCGUUCUUCAUUGAGGUUUUACUUGGAAGACUCGGAGUUGCAACAGGACCAUUUGGUGCUCAUGAUUCAACUCAUGUGUAAACGAAUCCUAGGCAGUGACAAGGUCAUUGGAGAAGUUUAUGUCCCUCUCAAAGAACUCUACGACAAUUCUGGUAGCACCAACCAUGGCUUUCAUCAAGUUGUUAAGCCCUCUGGCUCAGGCAAGGAUCAUGGUUUUCUAUAUUUUAACUAUGAUUUUGGAGAAAUAAUUAGAGGGGCAGUGAAGAAGGACAAUGGUGCUGUAGCUUAUCCUCUAAUAAGGACACAUAGCCGUGUAAACCCAUCCGCACCAUGUUUAGAAUAUCUUAGUUUAGGUCUAUAG